CAACACACCAAUACACAACACACCUUACAUCAUCAUGAAUACCCGAGUAGUUUUGUGUCUUAUUACUUUGGCCUGCCUCCUCUAUGGAGGAAAUGCAACCACCAUUACUUUUACGAACAAUUGCCAAUUCACAGUGUGGCCAGGAACCUUAAAUGGAGCUUCAAGCCCUGCAUUGUCCACCACCGGAUUCGAGUUGGGAAUGGGAGAUUCCAAAACCUUGGACGUCCCUUCACCGUGGUCGGGUCGAUUUUGGGCUCGGACCAGAUGCUCCGGUGGAGCCGGGAACUUUAACUGUGCCACCUCAAACUGUGGCUCCGGUCAAGUAGAGUGCAAUGGCAACGGAGGAGCCGCGCCGGCAACGUUGGUAGAAAUUACGGUGGCCGCGAACGGAGGACAAGAUUUCUAUGACGUGAGUAACGUGGAUGGGUUCAACUUGCCUGUGUCUAUGGCUCCACAAGGCGGCACCGGAACCUGCAAAGUUUCAAGCUGCAAGGCGAACAUCAACUCGCAGUGCCCAGAUGACCUGAAAGUAGCCGGUUCUGAUGGAAGCGUUAUUGCAUGCAAGAGUGCUUGCGUGGCUUAUGGCAAGCCUGAGUAUUGUUGCUCUGGAGAUUACAACAAUCCACAGAAAUGCCAACCCACCAAUUACUCCCAGUUUUUCAGCAAUCUGUGCCCUGAAGCUUAUAGUUACGCUUAUGAUGAUGUCAAGGGCACCUUUACUUGCAAUGGUGGACCUAACUACGUCAUCACUUUCUGUCCAUGAGCGAUGGGAAGAUCAGAUGGAGCUUCGGUGCUCGUCCACUAUGGGAUAAUUACUGGCCAAAAAAAAAAAAAAAAACAACGGGAUAAUUAGGCAAUAAAUGUGGACGAUAAUACAUGCGCUGACAUAUGCAUGCAUUAGAAUAACUGUUUGAUUUGAUGAUUAUUUUGCUAAAUGUGCACAAUGAUAUCAAAUCAUAUACCAGUACAACGCAUAUAUAUAUAUAUAGAGGAAUACUACGGUUAGA